AUUAACCUGAACACGUUACUUAUUUCCUGUAAAUAUGGACAAACCACCUGAACUUACGGGUGACGCUUUAGAAGCUAUGGCACAGGAACAUUUGAGCCGAGUUGCUGAUGCUUCAGUUCAUACAUUUGAUCCCAACGCUUCGCCCGAAGCUAAACGUGCAGAAGCGGAAAGUGCCAUUCCUGCUGAUUUGCUACCGGACCUACACAAUCUGCAGCAAAAGCAAUCAGGUAUUCAGACAGAAUUAGCAACGCACGAUGCCGCUGACGUCAAGCGAGCCGUUACUGCCGCCGAACAGAAACCCAUGGUGCAGCCUAUCAACGCCGAAAAGUCAUUCAAACGAUUGUCAGCUAAUUAUGCACCGUCGACACCGAGAACGCCGACUCUUGCAACGGCAGCAGAAGACCGUGAUCAAGAGAUCAUGGCAGGAUCGUUUAUACCUCCUCCUUCAUCCCUUAUACCCGACUGGUACCAACUCGGGUGGACCUCGUUUUCCACCAGAGCCAAUCCAGGCGGCCCAAUGCCCCUAAGAGCGACGCAAAGCAAGAUGGAUGCUCUUGAUGAAUUGAUGCCCAACUUGUUCUAUGGUGAAUGGUGGCACAACGCAGCUGCGCUUUUUAUCACUGCCGUCAUGGCCUGGUCGGUCGCAAAAAUGGGAGGCGGGCUGGGAACAGUUAUUGUGGGUUGUCUCGUCCUCGCUACGUACUAUCGCACGAGCGUACGCCGAUUCCGAGAAAAUGCACGUGAUGAUAUUCAACGUGAAUUGGCCAAGAUCAAGUUGGAGGCGGAUGAGGAACCUGUGGAGUGGAUGAACAGCUUUUUGGAAAAGUUUUGGCUCAUCUUUGAACCCGUAUUGAGUGCCCUGGUUGUGGAGAAUCUUGAUACCUAUCUAUCGGAUUAUCUUCCAAGUUACAUUGAUUCAAUUCGACUUACAACCUUUACAUUGGGAACUAAACCCUUUCGUGUGAAAAGUGUGAAAACUUAUCUGAAUACAGAACCUGACACAGUGUGUAUGGAUUGGCGGGUUUCUUUUACCCCGAAUGAUCUGACGGAUGCCGACGCUGAGGAACGAGACCUGCGCGUCAAUCCUCGCGUCUUGCUCAGCGUGCGUAUGGGUCGAGGUGUCAUGACCAAAGCGGCCAUUCCUGUCUUGGUGGAAAAUAUGACCUUCAGCGGCCAUAUGCGUGUCAAAAUCAAAUUUGUGAGCCGUUUCCCAUACGCUCAAAUCCUGGAUGUCUGCUUCCUUGAAAAACCCAUGUUCGAUUAUGUGCUCCGACCUUUAAGCCGCGACUCUUUCGGCUUUGAUGUUAAUGUGAUUCCAGGAUUGCAUGGGUUUAUUCGUGAUCAAGUACAUGCUAUUCUCGGUCCAUUGAUGUACGCUCCAAAUGUGUUCACAUUUGAUAUUGAGAAGUUCAUGGCGGGAGAGUUUGAUAUCACACAAGCCAACGGCAUUCUGGCGAUCACUGUUUAUGCUGCUUCGCAGAUAAACCAUGUACAUGAUCUUAUCGACGGUUCGCCAAACCCAUACCUUCGUUUCUUUCUGGACCAUGCCCAAGAACUGGGAAGGACCAAUGUUCGCGAGAAUACCUUUGUUCCGCAGUGGAAUGAAACACGCUUUUUGCUCCUCAACAACCUCAACUCGCAGCUGUCUCUUGAACUCCGUACUCAUAAUGCCGACGCCAAAGACCGCCGUUUAGCUACAGCACAUUUUGACUUGCGAGAAUUGGAUGAUGAAGAUAGCCAGCUGCAAGAAGGACUCGAUCUUGUUUUGUUACGUGAUGGCAAGGCUGUAAGUGAUGUCAGGGUCGAUCUUCGCUAUUUACCAGUAUCCAAGCCCAUGAAGAGAAUGGAUGGCACAAUCGAACCAGCUGUUGAAUCCAACUCUGGUAUCCUUCGAUUGAUUGUGCAUGAGUGCCGUGGGUUAGGUACAGCCAGAUUGACAACGCGCGUGCAUGUCAUUGUCAACGGCACAGAAAAGUUCAAAACUGCAACGGUCAAGCGUACAUCAGCACCCCAUUACGAAACGCCUGGUGAAAUGGUGGUCUUGGAUAAAACAGAAGUCUAUAUCCGUAUCGAACUUCAAGAAUGUUCCGGUAAAGAAGAGGUCGUGCUGGGCGUAUGGACAAGUUAUUUGUUGGAUAUGAUGAAGCAACAAGAAGAAAAUGAAAAUUGGUUCCCACUGAAUCUGGAUAACCAUGAAAUCGGCCAACUUCGUCUGAGCGCCCAAUGGAAACCGGUAGUGAUGACAGGCUUAGCCGACUAUGUAGGCAGUCAUGGUUUUGACACUCCACCGAUUGGUGUGGUUCGGUUUGUCUUCUGGGAGGCUCGAGAUCUGCGUAAUGUGGAAAACGUGGCUUCUGGAAAAUCGGAUCCUUAUGUACGGGUACUGUCCGGCUUCCAGAUUCGCGCCCGUACCAAAGUCAUUGACAACAAUCUUUCACCGGAAUGGGGUGAAGUGCACUAUGUUCCUGUGCACUCUACAAAGGAGAACCUUGUGCUGGAAGUGAUGGAUUGGAAUGCUCGAACACGCGACAAGUCCUUGGGUUCUACUGAAGUUCGGCUAGUGGAUUUGGUCCGUCAAUGUGUUGGCGAGCAAAGCGUGGAUCCAGACCGUUGGUAUGAAUCGACGGGCCUAAAGAUUGAUGAAUGGGCGCAAUUGCGAUCAAGCGAUCGCCGUUCUGCCAAGGGCGAAUUACGAUAUACGGCUGAAUUUAUUCCAACUUUGGCCCUGCCUCAACAACCAUCGGAAACAACCGAGUUAUCCAACAUGGAUGCGUAUCCCAAUCCUCUGAAAGAUCUUCACGGAUCCUAUGUCAACUACACACCCGAUGACCUGGUUGAUCUGCUUUCCUACAGCUCAGGGGUCUUGAAGGUCCAUAUUCAUGAAGUGGAUCUGCCACGACACGCAUACGCAUAUGCACAAGUGCUCGUUGACUCGCUCUUACCACAAUUCCGAACGGCCAAACUUCGAGGACAACAACUGGUAUUUGACGAAUCCGCUGAUGCGUUUGUCAAGGAAAUCGAUUUCUCGCGUGUGGCUAUUGAGAUCAAGCCGGCAUCAAGUACAGAAAAGGACGAUGUCAAACUUGGUUAUUGGAUCGAUGCCACGAAUAACAUCAUUCAUCGUAUCCAAGCUCGUCAUCGAUGGCUGCAAGCGCUUGAUGAGGACGUUCGCAAAGAGGUACAAGAUGCUGGAGAAUGGUUCAAUCUACUCGGCACAGAAGGACCCGGCAAGAUCCGUUUGAGUUUUGAUUAUGUUCCUAUGAGCGACUUUACUCUCAAUCCAGAUGAAAGCAUCGACAAUCAAGGCAAUUUGACCGUCACCUUAUUGAGCGCCAAGGAUUUGAUGGCGGCGGAUAAAUCAGGCACCAGCGAUCCUUAUGUGAUAUUCACUGUAAAUGGAGAACGCGUUCAUAAGAGCAAUGUGGUGAAGAAAACAUUGAGCCCGGUUUGGAAACAUGAGCAAUUCACUGUACCUAUUGCUUCUCGUGUAACUGCAAGUCUUCGAAUUGAAGUUUUCGAUUGGAACCAAUUCAAGAACCAUGAUCCAAUUGGUUCCGGCGGUGUCACUAUUCGCGGCGAUGCUGUGGAGAGUUUCGGUACACGUGAGGUGAACAUUCCUUUGGAUGGCGUGGCCGGUGUCUCUGGCAGUGUAAGAGUGCGGUUCAAAUGGCAACCUCAACUGUUGGCCAGCAAAAAGACACAGACUUCCGUACUGGCUACGAAACGAGUCUAUACAAAUGAUGUAAUCACCUCUUCUGCUAUUGAUUCCAAUUUGUCUUUAUCGCCCACUCGGUCAACGUUUGCUUCCCGGUCCAACGUGAGCAAUCGAUACGAUUCAGACAACGCCUCCGCGGGAGCCGAGAGAGUAUCAUUUGACGGAGGCGAAUUUACGGCUCCUCGAAGUAGCAUGGACGCUUCCUCCAUAGCUCCGUCGGUCGCCGCGUCGCUUGAUGACGCGGCUCACGUAAGCUCCAGUAUAGGUCGUGAUGGAACCGUCAAUAUCUGGCUAUUAGAAGCUAAAGGCAUCCGUGGUGUUGAUAAAAGCGGUACAAGCGAUCCGUAUGUCCGAGUUCGCGUCGGCAAGCAGCAGGUAUACAAGACCAAGGUGAUCAAAAAGACAUUGCUUCCGGUAUGGAACGAAUCCUUUGAAUACACAGUAUCUAGCCAGCCCACUGUUUUUGAUUUCAAACUCAAGGACUAUAACCGACUCCACAGUGCUGUAGAUCUGGGUCAGUGUCGUUGGAAUAUCUGGGACCUCAUCCAAUCGGAGCCCUCAUCCGGUGUGGUUGACCGAUGGCUUCCGCUGUAUCCUGUCGGCAGCGGUGAGUUGCACGUCAGAAUCACCUUUUCGCCACAUCUGUAAAAUGUACUAUAGCUUAAAAUCAUGUAUAAACCGAAAAUUAAAAAAAGACGGAUCACUCGAAUGAACAUAUAAGGAAUAGCCGUAAAUGAUUGGGUUGCACACUGAUUGGAUAUGA